AUGAAAAAAUUAACAUCUGCAACUCGAUUCAGAGCAGCCGCAGUUUUCUCCACAGUCGCAGAUGCUAUGGACGAAAAGGUCAGUUUCAACCUGUUUAUCGACAAAAACUUUGGAUUUGGUGCAAUUGCAACCAGCGCACUGGCAAGAGUCUCCGCAUCUGCAGUCGUCGCACAUUUUGAGAAAUUCUUAAGAUUGAAUAAGAAGUUUGAAUAA